AUGGAUAGAAAAACGGCGGAGCAAAAAGAGAGUGAUUCGUGGAAGCGAAAACUUUUUGCCAACAAUUCUAGUAAUGUUGGGAGCGAAGGUUCCAAGCCUGCGACAGACUACGCUUCGAUGGGCGAGGACCUGGCGGCACGAGAGCAGAGUCUCUGGUUGCAGCUCGAAGGAUUCAUAAAAGCGGCAUGCGGUGUCUCAGAAGUUGCCUGCACCUCUCAGAAGGAUAUUGAAAGUCUACUCCGCUUCGCGCAAAUUCUGGCAUUCGCACCAAGAUACCUUGUGUAGGAAAGCAUACCUUACCGUCAGCUUCGACGGAUUUUCAUUUUUAUGACUGCCCCCGGUGGAACAGUAUACCUCUUUCUCUAAUAUCUCUAGUACUUUUAGUUGUAAGUACACUCUUGCAGGUGGUAUUUGAUGAUGGUUUUGUCAAUUCUCUUUGCAUCUUUGUCUUGACAACGUAAGAUCAGUACUACUCGCAAGCAUCAUUAGAAUUUUCCUUCUCUCUCAAUCACUCAUAUCUCCCAGCUGCUCCUCUGGAAAAUCACUUUUCAAUUCUGCAUAAUUGAUGCUAAAUUGAGCUUUCGAAGAAAGAAGGUCAACAAUUUCUAUGCUAGUGUACGGUCAGUCCCUCGUAUGCCACGACAGCCACGGUUUUCUUCUGGCGUGGCACCCCGAGAGGGAUCUAAGCACCUAAAAAUAUUGGUAGAUGGUCGAUUCCUGUGCGUUAAUUUGCAGUUAACUAGCAGGUAUGUGUUUGCACUGCCUAGGUCCUCAGACUUGGUGCCUACCAAUGCCACUCACGUGGCCUAAGGGGUGGAUUUUCCAAUUACGUGUGGUUUUUGAGAGCGAACUAAACUAACUUCUUGGGUUUCGUGAUGCAGUGAGUCGAUAUGUUGAUCUCUCGCAACCGCUAGAAGAUGCAUUUGAAACAAAACAAAAUGUGAUAUUAAAGACGCCAUUAAUUUGCGUUCUACUGUGUGGACACAAAAAGGGCAAGCCUGGUAACCCAC